AUGCUCACCAACGGCGACAGCGACGACUCAAGUUUCUUCAAGCCCGCUUCUUCUUCGACCGAACACACUCGUUUCACACCACAAUCGUUUACUCACUUGACUGUCUGGGCGUACAUCGCCAUUGGAGUCAUCGUCGUGAUCACCUCGUCCGUUCUCUGCUACGCGAUAUACAGCUGCUAUCAACCUCUCCGCGACGGAAACGCCAUUGUUAUUGGGGAAACCGGGUUCGUUUAUCCACCCGAACACCGCGACAAGGAACCCAAAAGACGACCAUGGCUAGCUUUUUUGAGGCGACACCGAAAAGUACAGGAGGACAAAUUAUCGGCGCAGGAAACCGCUGAAGUGCCCCUUGGCAAAGAUGGCCGCACUACUCUCACCCGGCCUGCACCCGCUCAUUUACAAGACGUUCCGCACAUCAGGGUGCACCCUCCUCCUCUGAGCCCACCUCCGAACGCGUUCCGAGAUUCUCAGUCUUCUACUUCUACGGCGGCUAAUUCGACGCUUACUGGUACGACUGCUGCGAGCGAUAUCUGGUCGAACCCAAAGCUUUCUCCUGUUACUGGACCUGUGCUCCUCCUCACUCGCGUACCCACCGAAUGA